AUGAGGGUAGUCUUAUUGCUACUCGUAUUAUACAAUGGAAUCCUUAUUCAUUCAAUGGAAUUAAAAGGUACUGCUUCUUGUCAAACUCCACUUCUUACAAACUCGAAAAUCACAACUAGUAGCAAUCUGAAUCAAUUAUCAAAUUGGUGUCCAUUGUCAACAGAUGUUAAACCUUAUCUUCAUGUAACGUUAGCAAAUUUAACUUAUAUAACAUCUCUCGAAAUCAAAUCGAAUACUCUCACGAAUAUUAAUUAUCAUCUUGAAUACACACGUGAUAAUCUAAUUGAUCAAUAUACCGUUUGGCGUUCGUAUCGCUUAUUGAAUACACAUCAAGACCAGAUUCUGCUCGAUCCACCGAUGAUCGCUAAACAUGUUCGAUUAAGUAUUAAACAUAUGGAAACAUCGUUAUGCAUUCACUUUGAGUUAUUCGGAUGUAUUUUUACUGAUGGUGUUGUGUCGUACAGUAUGUUACAAGGUGCGAAUCAACUCGAAGACGAUACGUACGAUGGACAAUACGAUGAAAAACAACGUUAUUUACAUGAUGGUCUUGGACAGCUAUCCGAUGGUCAAACAGGUCCGGAUAAUCGUGAAGAUCCUCGCGGAUUUCAAUGGGUUGGCUGGCGACGACCUCGUUCAAUCAAACAUAAUCAUUCUAUAAGCAUCUUAUUCAAUUUCGAUACUUUACGAAACUUUUCUCGUAUGACAAUUCAUGCUAAUAAUUAUUAUCCGAAGAAUAUCUUUGUUUUCCGUUCGGCUACCAUUGAAUUUGUCGAUAACGACAAUGUACAAAAACAAAAUUUCACGUCGAUUACGUAUUAUAACCAACAUGAUGAUCAAUUCGAAAUGGCACGAGCAGUAAUGAUUGAUUUAAAGAAUCAUAUUGCAUCACAACUGAGACUUCGCUUGUACUUUGAUGGAAAUUGGUUAUUGAUUAGCGAAGUUACAUUCGAUUCAUUUGUUGUACCGAUUCCGACACCCGCAUCGACAACACUACCUAACCCAAUCAAGCCUAUGAUUCAACAACAAACACAAAAAGAAACAUACAGUUUUUGGAUAUAUAUUAUCGUAUGUUUAGCAACAAUGGGCAUUGUUUUGAUGUUAGGAGCAAUUAUUAUACUUAUUCAACGAACAUUAAACGAUCAUAAAAAGAUCAAGAAGCAUUAUUUUACGCCCAUACAUAAUCACACGAAUUCAUCAGCAUCAACAACAUCAAGUGAUAUUGAUUUCAAUUCCAGUCAGCAUCGUUAUGCAACAAUAGGACCUGCUCAUCCUUACCUACUCUGUACAAGUGGUAGUAUUACUUCUGCACCAUCACCGCAUUAUGCCAAACUAAUGCCUACAACGACAUUAUUACGUACGCCUUCGUUGUUACAACAAAAUCAUAUUGAAAGUAUCUGCGGGAAUAGUGCAUACUGGACACAACGAUUAUUUACAUUCGAUAUGAAUCAGAAUCAAUUUAUACCAAUGCAUCAGAUUAAUAUUAAACGAAAAUUAGAAACACGAAAACAGGUUGUUGGUGGCGGAGAGAUUUGUCAAGGUGAAUUACAAGUAAAUCAAUCAGUAGUACCAAUCACAAUCCGACGUCUUCUUCCCAAUGCAUCAGUUCCGUCUAAAAUUUCUUUUUUCAACGAAAUCAGUCUUUUAACUUCUCUUUGCCAUCCGAAUAUCAUUCAUGCCUAUGGCUAUUGUUCCGAACCAACGAUGUCUCUCAUAACUGAAUGUCUGGAUUCCACCAGUAUUGAUCUUUAUCAAUAUUUACAUCAUUAUAAACAGGAAGAACAAAUGAACGAUAGUCUCUAUGCAACGGCAGUUUUCUUUGGCUCACAAAUCUCCUCUGCCUUAUCAUAUUUAGAAUCAUUACAUAUCUGUCAUCGCGAUAUCGCUGCACGAAAUUGUCUAGUAACACUUGAUUUAACUAUAAAAUUACAAGAUUUGGCUAUGUGUAAUGAAACGUAUGUGGAUGAUUAUGUCUUAGUACCAAUCGGUAAUGAAAUUCAAACUCGUCGACCGAUUCGUUGGUGUGCAUGGGAAACGAUUUGUUUGAAUCGAUUUACAUCGAAAUCUGAUGUUUUCUCAUUUGGUGUUCUUUUAUGGGAGAUUUUAACAAUGGCUGAACGACCUCAUAGUUUAUUAGAUGACGAUCAAGUUCUUUCGAAUUUACAUAACUCGGAACAUUGUUUACCGAUACCAACCUACGCAGCAGACUUAAUAGAAUUAAUUACAUCAUGUUGGCAGAAAUGUGACUAUGAUCGACCAUCGUUUUUUCAAAUAAAUCACUCAUUAUGUCAAAAACAACAAAAACUAAUCGCGACCACAACAACUGAAACAAACAAUUACUUACAAAUCAAUUAA